GCUGCACAGCCACAGCUGCAUCCAUCUGGCUCAGGGCUGAUGGUGCCUUCUUAUCCCUGCCAGGGUGAUGAGGGAACUGCCCGGUGCUCUGCGAGACCCCAUCUUCUACCAUCUGGUUGAGCUGCUCAGCACCAGCUUCUACUCAUGGGAGAUGGUGGCCAUGGUCUUCCUCGUUGAGAUGCUGGAGAGAAUGGAUGUCAGCACAGAGCUGCGCCGCAUCUUGAGAAUCUUUACCACCUAUCUGCACAGGCAGAGCGUGGGCAUGCAGCAGCUGGUGCUCCGGGGCAUGCUACAUCUCAGCAAGAGGCGGGACACGGCAAGGGUAAUCCCAUUCUUCCUGCCGUGCAUCAUGGAUCGUCUGCAGGACGCAGACAGCGACGUCCGCGCCGUGUCCCUGCAGAUCCUUAGCAGCCUUCUGCAGAUCCUGGAUGGAUUUAAGCCCAGCUUCAUGGCUCUGGAGCUGGCCGGCAAGCUGCCAACGCUCUUAUGUGAUGAGUCCAGCACGGUGCGGCAGCUCUCCAUAGACCUCUUCUUCAAGAUGCUGAGCUUUGCGAAGGGCCACGAAAAGAAGACAAUGCAGCAGGAGGUGUACAGGAGCCUGGUCCUGCUGUAUUUGCACCUGCACGAUGAGGAAGAGAGUGUGAUCGAGGCCUCCCGGAAUGCCUUCCUCGCUGCCGCACGGUUCCUGCGCUGGAGGCGGCUGGAGCACCUGGUGCAGACGGCGCAGUUCUGGCAGAUCGGCGAGUGCCUGCUGGCCAAGAGGAAGAAGCGUGCAGCUCAGGACUACCUGAGCCAGAGUCUGCUCUACCUACGGAGCCCCCAGGAAGCCCUGCGGCGGGAGGCCGUGAGGUUCAUCGGGCUCUUAGGGCAGCACCUGACAGAUCAGCAGCAGGCUGAGAGACAGGACAUCUACGAUGGCCUUCAGGGAGCACAGCAAGACCCCAGUCCGUUUGUCUCCUCGCUGGCCCUUCAGACUCUGAAGAUCCUGAAGGAAAUAAGGCCACGUCCAGCACAUGGUCACUUUGGGCAGCUCGUCUCCAGGCUCCGCAGCACGUGGAGGAGGUGGCACUCCGACCAGGCGGACAGCUGAGCUCCCGGCAUCUCCUCCUGCCCGCUGCUCAGCUCUUCUGCUCCUCAGGCACAUCCCUUCCCUUUGCCAUGCCCGCCCUUUUGGGCACUCUCUCUUUCAUUUAUUUGGUUUCUUAGCUUCAAUCCCCAUUAACUUGUAUUUCUUCUAUUUUAAUUAAUAAAUUAAA